UUGCAAAGAGUGGAAGUGUUUAUGCUCGAGUGAAGACAGAGAGGCAUAUUUUCUUUAGGUGUCUUGCUUGGGAGAAUCUUACACUGGAUUUUCCUGUUUAAGUCCGCAAUGAGACACCAUGUGAGUCUCACAAUGUGAUAAAUGGCCAUUCGCAAACAGUCACAGAUUCAAUGUCAAGUGCACAAAAAUAUGAUACAAGCCCCGAUGAAGUCUUUAAAGACUCCCGCAGAAUUAAGUUGAACGCCAGUCAAGUCGUGAGCUUCGAAAGGAAAAGUUAAAUAUUUUGUUUGAGGUGGUGAAACCCCCGAGUGAUUCCCACUAGUUUGGAUUUAUCCAGAAAUUCCCCAAGCAGCUAUGGAUUUUCAUGGACUUGCAAUUUUCUUCGGACUUUUGGUCUUUACGAACAGUUUUCCCCAACAAGGAUUCAAUACCGAUGGUGCUCAGGAUCCCAACUCAGUAGACGAAAGUAUUGGAUGGUCCUGGGGAGUUAGUAGCAGUGAAGAUCGAAACACAAACAAUCAACCGAAUCAAUUUCCAGGAAACUUUAAUACGCCUAGAACUCCACAGCAGCAAACCACGAGUGCAGCUCCAUCAGGGGUAACCAAUCUGCCUUCUGAAACAUUUCUAAGAUGUGUCGAUAAUUGCCCAACGACCAGUGAAUAUAAUCCAGUUUGUGGUUCUGAUAUGCAAAGUUAUCACAACAUGGCUAAAUUUGGGUGUGCAGUUUCAUGUGGAGCAAGAAUUCGAAUUAUUAGGGUCGGAACAUGCCUCCCAGUUAAUGGGUGAUCUUCUUAUGAGUUUAAUGUUAUAUUUCAUCUAUUUCAUUUUCUCUCACUCUCCGAAGGGAAACUACAAGACUUUGAGGAAACCGAUAAAAUUUCUCAACAUUUAAUUGCAGAAGCGAUCAAUAAAACACUUUGUACUCCA